UUCACGUUCAUUUUCUCGCGCCGCAGCGGCGGGGACGCGCAGAGGCUCCCACACUCGCCGGAGAGGAAGAAAAAAGCGCCGUCGGACCGCAACAGCGACUCACCGGGAGAAAAAUGAUCCCUCCACCGUCCUUCAUCUGCGCUCAGGUCUGCACAAAGCAUGUGAAAGGAUCCGAAACCUCCGAGGACUCGACUUUUCUCAAACAUUAAACUUGUUUCAAGUGGACUGUAAACUCCGAGGGUGAUUUAUAAGACACGGGAAUUGAAGUUAACAUUGGACAGGUGCAGAAAAUGGCAAGAAGGUUCUUACAGCUCCUUGCCUUGUGGACUGUUAUGACUGGCAUUGUGCAGACCUGUCCAGAGCAGUGCAGCUGCCAGGAUAAAUUUUCCCAUCAGUUUGCUGACUGUGCUUACAAAGACCUGCUGGAGGUCCCUGUUGGUCUCCCUUCCAAUGUUACCACCGUGAGCCUUUCUGCCAAUAAAAUCCAAAUCCUGAAAAGCAAAAGCUUUGUUAAUAUCACUCAGGCCACCUCUCUGUGGCUCGCCCACAAUGAAAUAGUCACCAUAGAGAGAGGCACCUUGGCCCCUUUGGUUCAGCUACGCAACUUUGACAUCAGCCACAACAAAAUUGUGAACUUUCCAUGGGAAGAUCUGCGCGGUCUCACAGCCCUGCAGCUUCUCAAAAUGAACAACAAUGAAAUGGUGAACCUCCCAAAGGAUGCCUUUUCCACGCUCAAAGACCUGAGGUCGCUUCGAAUUAACAACAACAGGUUUACCACCAUUGUCGAGGGGACUUUCAGCGCCCUCACUGCUAUGUCUCACCUGCAGAUCUUUAGCAAUCCCUUCAGUUGCUCCUGCCGUCUGCAGUGGCUGAGGGACUGGAUCACGACAACUAAAAUUUCUGUCCCCGAGCCAAAUUCAGUUGUGUGCGAGGCCCCUGAACAUCUGAAGGGUACGACGGUUUCAAGCAUUCCUAAACUGGACUGUGAGCCCCCUGCUGUCACUAUAACAUAUCAGCCAAACAUAGAAAACACAGAUCUGUAUGAAGGUAUUAUGGUGAUCUUAAAUUGUGAGACAAAAGGGAGCCCCAAGCCACAGAUCACCUGGGAGGUGACUGCAGGAAAUCAAAAUUAUCUUUUCCCCUUGCCCUCCACUGGAGAAAUAAACGAUGUGCCAAUUAAUGAUAAAACAACCAGCAAUCGAUUUCUUGUUUUUAGAAAUGGAACUCUCAUCAUCCCCCGUGUGAGUAAAAAGGAAGAUGGGAAUUACAGCUGCUUUGCGGUGAACGAGUUGGGUAAAGCAGAGAGCAGCGUUAAAGUGGCUCUGGCAGGCACCCAAAAGGAAGCCAGCAACACAGUCAUCGAUUCAACAGUGGACAAGAGCCGUCCGUCUGGUAAAAAGCCUGCAGACCCCAACAAGCCCUCCAAAAAUAAUGUGGUCAACUGGACAAAGCUUGAUGAGAAGACAAAGGAAAGUCCCGAAACGUCAAAAGACAAACACGAUGAAACAGAGCAGACCGGUGUUGUUCCUAAGACACACACAUUCACAGGCAAGUGCGGUGUUAGAGAAAGCAGUGAAUACAUCUCCAACCAUGCCUUCAACAUGAGCCUGGAAGACCUGAAGCAGUACACCUUUGACUUUGGUGUUAUUGCAUUAGAAGUGUCAGAGACGGAGGCCAAAGUGCAGCUGAAUCCACUGCAGCUUGCCAAAAGCAAAUCUAAUCUUCAUCUAAGUCAAACUGAAAACCAGGAAACAGUGAAUAAGGAACCUUUGGGUCUGUACCAGUCCUCAUCUAGCAAGACCACUCUGGACAUGCUCUACCUCUGUGUAAAUACUGGAAACGGACACUCCAUGGUUCAGUGGUCCAAUAUAGAGGAGGGAAUUAAUUCCUACCGCUUCCAUAAUUUACAGCCUGGAACCAAUUACACACUUUGUCUCACCUAUGGGGGGAAGGACUGCCAAGUCCAAGUAGUCUUCACAACUAGAAAGAAGAUCCCCUCCCUGCUCAUAAUUGUGGUUGUCAGCAUUUUCCUAUUGGGUCUGGCCACUGUCCCCUUGCUGGGAGCCACCUGCUGUCAUUUGCUAUACAAAUAUCAAGGAAAAACCUACAAGCUGAUCAUGAAAGCUCAGAAUCCAGAUCAGAUGGAGAAGCAAAUGACAAAAGAUUUUGAUCACAGGCCAUCUUUCGUGGAGUCAGAGAAAACCAGCGAGUUAGGCGAGGGGGAGGGGGAGGUUGACGGAGAGGAACGAGAAGGAGAGGAAGAGGCUGAGGGGAGCGUGGUGACCGAGUCCAUCCCCGGAUCAUCAUCCAAGACCAACCAGGAGGAGUUUGAAGUUGGCUCGGAGUACAGUGACAGGUUACCGCUGGGAGCAGAGGCCGUCAACAUCUCCGAGGAAAUCAACGGCAACUACAAGCAGCCAAGCCGCUGAGCUCCGCUGACGUCUGCGAGUAUAUUGUAAAAUAUUUUGCUUUCAAGUAGCCUAUAUUCAAGCAGGUAACACACACAUCAUUACUUCACGUGAAAAAAACGAUGCCGUGUGAUUUUUGUCUUUAAAAAAAAGGGAUCAUUAACUUUUUUACCUCAAUACUCCUUCAAUCACCGCGAUUGUGAUUGAAUUCAUGUGACAUUUGUAGUUUCCGUAAGGUUAAAACGAGUAACUCACGUUUACAAACCGAGCACAGAUUUAUAUCUUUUAUCGGACCUCAAAACCGACGGGAAAGCACCAACGUUUACCCCAUCUGUGGGACGUACGCGAACGGGCAUAUGGGAGCAAAUUUCGCGAAGGCGAGACUUGGAGAGAUGCGCGUAAUUCGAGGCAGCAAAAAAAAAAAAGGAGAAAAAAAGUGCACAAAAUUUUACCCACCGUUUCGCUGCGUUUUAAACAAGCAAAAACAACAAAAAACAGGAUUUUCUAUGAAGUCAUUGUAAAUAAACUGACAUCAGGGACAAGAUUCUCUCACUGAGCCGCGUGUGUCUGUGCAAGGCUGUUAAAAUCUCAUAACGGCCAUUUAACAUCUUCUCAGGUGUCGGCACUCUGGCUCCACUCAACUUGUCCACGAAACUAGAGAAAGAUUGGGAUUAAUGUGUUUGAUGAAAUGAUAUUUGCGCUUGGCGCUGUUGCACCUGACAGCGCGCACAGCGGCGCCCUGCGCGCUGUCCUGUGCGUCCAAAAACGGGAAACUGAGCUUUCAGAGGUGACGAUGUGCUUGACGGGAAAUUCCAGGUUAUUUACCAACAACAUGUUGUUCCACGUGUAACGUAAGGCUUUAAAAAUGUGCGACUUUAACCUCUUAAUCGACGGGUGCUUGCUGUACUCUCGCUUUUUACGGUGAACGUGUCCAUGGCAUGUCACUCCUUGUGCGGUUUUCUAAUAGUGUAGUCUAUAUAGGACUUUUAGAUGUGACUGUCUACUUGUGAUGUAAAGCCACGUGAAUUUUCUUUAUUAUUUUUUUUAAAUCAAUUUUCCAAUGAAGUCCUAACAAAUGGGCGCAGUGAGCGUCUGUCGGCUUCACUGUCUUGUAAUUUGAUAUGUAAAGUGAGAUUUUUUGUGAACUAUGUUGUAAAACAAAACAAAAAAACGUGACCUUUUAAGAUUUUUUGAUAUAAUUUUAUGUAAGUGGAAUUAAUAAAACAUGUGAAACUAUA